UGCACUCACGUGAGACGGCGGUGUGUCUGGUCGGUACCUGAACAUACCACAGCCAGACUGUUGUCAAGAGAAACGGUGCAAACCAUAAUUAUCAUAUCGUACGGAGGGUAGCUUGUAAGGGACGACACGUUUGGAUAAAUAUUCAUCAAGAGGAAGAAGAUGUUUGGGUAUAUCUGGACGUACCUCUACACAUCCGUCCUAAGAUACUGGCUGAAGUGGUUCAUCCGUCAGGCAACAGGGAAAUGUGAACUACAGAGAAUAUGUUCCGGAUACAAAGCCGGGGCGACGAGGACAACAAAAGCAGAAUAUUCUCUGAGGUCAUCAAAGAACAGGGUUUUAAGAGGAGCUUUGGAGACCAACAAGGAUCAUUUAGAGCAUUGUGUCGAUCAAAUCACAAAAGUGAAGAAUGUCAAACCCCAGAAAGAUCCACUCUUCAAGGAAAGCCUUCACACGUGUCUGCUACAAAUAACAGGAAACAGCAGUCUGUAUAUAUCUGUGGAAGACUUGAGAAAGGAAGUCUUCAACCCUGAAAACCAAGAACACGAGGCCAUGCUGUUGAAGCUGUGGGAUCUGUUGAUGCCAGCCGUCAAACUGGACGCGAGGAUAACCAAACAGUGGGGAGACAUUGGGUUCCAAGGAGAUGACCCCAAGACGGACUUCAGAGGAAUGGGAAUGCUGGGCUUAAUCAACCUUGUUUUCUUUAGUGAAAACUACACAGAGGAGGCUCGUCAGGUGUUGUCUCAUGCAAACCAUCCUAAACUAGGUUAUUCGUAUGCCAUCGUUGGGAUCAAUUUGACGGAGAUGGCCUACAGCCUCCUGAAGAGCGGUGCUUUGAAACCACAUUUCUACAACACCGUACCGGACACACCUGAGCUCCGACACUUCCAUCAGCUAUACUGUUAUCUGGCAUAUGAAUUUGAUAAAUUCUGGGUGGCAGAAGAACCUGAAAGCAUCAUGCUGUUCAAUCAGUACAGAGAGAAAUUCCAUACCAUAGUCAAGACACAGCUACAGGACCCCGAUGUUUCCCUCACAAUGACUGUCUGUUCUAACAACUGACAUUAUUCACAAAUAUUCCCUCACAAAGUCUUUGUUUUGGUAUUCAGAUGCGAUGCUGAACAUUAAAAAACGGGGAGAUCUGAUUGAAGUGUUUUAGUGAUCGACAAAUUCAAACACAUUAAUCCUCAUAUUUGGUAUUGUGGACCAUUUAUUUAACCUGUGUUCAUCUUUUUAUUGGAAGAAUAAAGGGGUUUUAAAUAAAGCACAAAUCUACGCUCUGUAAUUCAAAGAUGACCUUUGCAGUGUUUAUUAACCUUUUUGUGAAGGAGUGAGAGCUGCUGCAGACGACUGCAGACAUGACCGUUGUGUCCUUUGUGGGUGUCUCAGUGAGCAUGCAGCCGAUUUGUUGCAGUUAAAAGAAUGUUCCUGAAAAAGGGCAAUUAACUAGCAUAUUUUUGGCUGUUUUGUUUCUAUUUAUUUAAUAAAGACACAUCUGUUCUCACA